CCACCACACCACCACCACCACCACCACAAGCCACGAACAGGGUCACAUCUGAGAAGCUACCCAAAAGUUUCCACACAUCACUUUUAGACCCAAACAGACGCACUCUCACCUCUACUGACCUGACACGUACACACACACACACACAGAGCUAAGAAAAGCACGCACCAGCCACACACACACACACAAACACACAAACACACACAGGGAAGCCGUACGAGCUAUCCUGAAGAAGAGAGACGGAGAGAAAGAGACUAAGACUAAGGUGAUGUUAGGUCUGUCUGGGGUCUCCGUCAGCCCGGCCCCGUUCAGAUCUCUCUCAGCCGCUCUAGACGUGACGACAGGACAGGAGCCGCCUCUCAGCCCCUCACAGUGCGCCAGGGAGUGUGUGCAGUGUGGUAUUCCCCUCAGGUCACGCAGGAGGUACUGUACUUUGAAGCUACAAGGAGACAUGACUGCCCAUCUCUGUAUUACCACCUACAGGAGCCCUCAAAAUGAAGUUCUUAAGUUGGAGCUGUGCUUCGUGGGGCAGGACUGUCACAGAAUACCCAGCAUCCUCGGCGCCACCUACGGUAUGCAGACUAAACGACUUGAUCUCUCCUUCAACGCCAUCAGGUCUCUGGACGGGCUGGAGCGCUUCCCCUAUCUGGAGGAGCUGGUGCUUGACAAUAACUUCAUAGAUGAUGGUGUGGUGCUGCCCUACCUGGACACGCUGCACACACUGUCCCUUAACAAGAACAAGGUGAGUGACUUGGGACGCCUGCUGGACCAGAUCGGGGACAGGCUGCCCAAUCUUCGCUAUCUCAGCCUACUGGGGAACAAGGCGUGCCCUGACCAACUGACGGGGGUGGGAAACGAGAGGGACUACAGAAUAUACAGAAUGCACGUACUCCACCGCCUCCCCCAUCUGCGUUUCCUAGAUUCUACCGCCGUCAGGAGAAGCGAGGCGCGGGAGGCUAAGAGGAGGGGGCACUGGCCAGAGGGGGUCGUGCCACCUCCGCCCCGCCCCCCACCUGCUCCUCCUCCUCCUCCUCCCCCGUCAUGGGGAAAGGGGGAGUGACCCUGAGCACGGCGCCUCCCCUCCAGCACAGCCUUCCCCCUCCCCCGUCACCACGCCCACGCACGCCUCCAAGGAGAUGAACGGCACGGCAGCCACGCACGCCCACGCACGCCCUCAUAUCACAGAUUCCCAGGGAGUGACGCCCCCCAGGUCUCCGUCCCCACGCCUUACAAGACACUGCUGAGGGACCCACGCCUCCACCGCCAUCCCUCCAUGCGGCCCCUUCCUCUCCCCCCCCCCCACACUCACCUGAUUGUCGCGGCGAUAGAUACAUAGAUAGAUAGAUACAUACAUAUAUAUAUAUCAUGUAUAAGAGUAAAUAGAUAAAGAAAAAUAUAUAUAUAUAAUUAUCUUUCUUCUUUUUUGGCUUCACUUUUUUUAAUAUAGUGUAAGUUAUUAUUGUUAUUAUUAUUAUUAUUAUUAUUAUUAUUAUUAUUAUUAUUAUUAUUAUUAUUCAUUGUUUUUAUUUUAUUUAUUUAUCUAUUUAUCUAUCUUACUUUUCUAUCUAUUUUUUUCUUUUUUUUGAGCUGUAAACGAAAUUAUUACGCGACUCAAGUGUUUCUCUCUCUCUCUCUCUCUCUCUCUCUCUCUCUCUCUCUCUCUCUCUCUCUCUCUCUGAUUCUUUUAUCUUUUAUUUAUUUACUUUUUUUUUUCUCUGGCGAGCUAAAGGUUAAGUAAUGUGUCAAUAAGUGAAGUAAUUACAGUGUUUUGGCUGAGUGGCGCUUUAUUUUAUUUUAUUUUAUUUUUAUUUUUAUUUUUUUUACGUAUUCUUAAGGCUAGAGAAGAGAUCCAUUAUUAUUAUUAUUAUUAUUAUUAUUAUUAUUGUUGUUGUUGUUGUUAUUACUUCUAUUAUUGUUACCAUUAUUAUCAACAUUAUUAUUGUUAUUGUUAUUGCAAACGUUUGAUUACUUUUAUUAAUAUUAUGUUCUAUUGUCACUUCAUUGCGUUAUUAUUAUUAUUAUUAUUAUUAUUAUUAUUAUUAUUAUUAUUAUAUAAUUAUUGUUAUUAUUACUAUUAUUAUUAUCAAGCAUGCUUAUUUUAGUGUGUAUUUUGUACAUAUAUACAUACAUACAGACAAACAGACAGUCAGACAGCCACAUACACAUAGACAAACAGACAGCCACAAACACACAAACACUGACAGAAAGACAGACACACGGACAGACAAACAGACAGACACACGGACAGACAGGCAGACAAAACUCACUCGAAUCAUCACACACACACACACACUUACAAACUUAACUCAUGAAUGCAUCUCUCUCUCUCUCUCUCUCUCUCUCUCUCUCUCUCUCUCUCUCUCUCUCUCUCUCUCUCUCUCUCUCUGCAUGGAAGCAAAAUAUAAGUGUGUCUUUUGCACGAUAUUGAUUUUUUUUUUUUUUUUUUUUUUGUGUGUGUUUUUUAGGCAGUGUUUUGUUGGUAAUUAUAAUAAAGAUUUGAAGUACA